GAUGAUGAGAUUGAGACAGCAGGAUAAAAAAAAGCUUCAUUUAUAGGGGUAGAGAGAGAGAGAGAAGUAGAGAAAGAGAGAGAGAGAGAGCUGAAUUAGGGGAUUUGUGGAAGAGGAGGAGCCCAUUUGGAGAGAAAAAGAUAUUAGGAGAAAAAAGAUUGUUGUUUUAUCCGCCGAAUUCAUUCUGAAUCUUGAUUUUCCGGCGAGACUCAUCUCCUUCUCCGGCGAAUUAUGCUAUAGCGACCUCUGAUGAGAUAUCUGAUUGGAUUUCUUCAUCUGGGUCAAGCUGAAAUUCUGAUUCAAGAGGGGGGAGAUUUCAGUGAUGGACAGAAACAGAGAAGCCAGAAGAGCUAGUAUCGUCGGCUCUAAUGGCUUCAACCGCCGCCGCCACCGAACCAACAGUCUCAGAGACUCUCCAGAUGAAGAUGGGGGGCCGGAGUUGCAGGAAUCCGUGAGGUUAAGAGAUAGAGUGAAGAAAGAUCGGGAUCGAGAAAGGGAGAGGGAUAGAGAGAGGGAGCGGGAGAGAGAGAGGGAAAGGGAGAGGGAGAGAGAAAGAGAUUUGAGAGAAAGGUCUAGCCGGAGUAAGAGGAGAAGAGGCGGAGACGAAACUUCAGAAGAGAGCGUCAAUGAUGAAGAAGACGAAGAAGAUGAAGAAAACGCCGCCGCCGCCGCCGCCGCCGCAGCCGGAGGCGUGAGGUUGUUGACGCAGGCGGUGGGUUCCGUCCCCAACCACCACCACGGCCACCUCAGCAGCCACCACCACGGCGGCCAUAGCAGUAGUUUUAGUCAACCGCAACACAACAGCAAUAUUAAUACUAGUAAUACUGUAAGUAGCAAUCACCAUCUCCAACACAGAAAAAGCUUCCCUCCGACUUCUUCAACGGCGGCGAAGAUUUCACGAGCGCCGCCGGUUUGGAAAUCCGGCGACGAAAUGAUCAGCGCCCCCGUUCCCAGAAAGGCUCGUUCCGCAUCCACGAAGAGGUCUCACGAUUGGAUUUCAAUCAGCAGCAACAACAACAGCGGCGGAGUCUCCGGUGGAGAGCCGAAUCUUGGGAGCUCUCCGGCGAGACAAGUCGUCGGCGUCGGGGCGGGAGCGACGCCUAUGCCGCCGGCGGCUCCGAUGUCUCCGUCUUCUUCCAACGUUUCCGUGAGGAAGAAGCUUAAGCAGACUGUGAACAACUCCGGGCUAAAGCUGAAGCCGCCGAAAGUCGCGGCGGCGGCUGCGUCGAAGCCGAGCUCAUCGAAUCCGGAGGAGUUGGAGAUUGAAAUCGCGGAGGUGUUGUACGGCUUGAUGACUCAGUCGCAAGCCCCUUCAUCGAAGAAGGAGGAGUCGAGAGAAAUCAACAGAUUGGGCAGCGAUGCGAAAUCGCAUAAUUCGUCGCCGAUUUCGAAUUCUCCUUCGGCCAAUAAUCCCAAUUUGGGAUCCAAUUCUGGGCCCCUUUCAGCUGUCGCUCCGAAGAGGAAGAGGCCGCGGCAGAUACCGGAAAACUCGAGCUACGGCGCUCGGAGCAGCCCCGUUCCGGCGAAGCUUGACGCGGAUCAGACGCCGAAGAGCGAGAUUCCAUCUCCUACAACUGAGAAAAUCUCAGGAUCCGCAGCUGAAAAUGUGUACGAGUUGGCUGCCAAUUCGGUCGAUCCACAGAGACAAGCGGCGGCGGAGACGCCUGUGCCGACGGCAGCUGGAUCAGCGUCGGAGAUGAAGCCUGUGGCUGAAGAAUUAAGGGAGAGCAGAGAUUCGGUCGCGAAGGAAGAGAUGAACUCGCCGAAGGAGAAAGAAUCUCCGGUGAUGAGAGCGGAGGUUAGCCACAACGGAGAUUCGCCGGCAGUGGCACCAGCAGCGGCGGCGGCAGCUUCUUUAUCGGCUGCGGCGGCUACUAAAAGCAACUCUACGGCAACAGAGAUGGAGAAUCGGAAGGAAGAGAAAUUGGAAAUAGAUCUGAUGGCGCCGCCGCCUCAAGCAAAAUCUUCGCCGGAAAAAGAAGCAAAGAUCGAUUUGAGGGAUUCGCCGGUGGAUCAAAAGCCGGUUGUUCCGGUCUCUGAUUCAAAUUCGAAGGCGUCGAGAGAUCAAGCCUACGAAAAUGGCAAAAGUGGAAAUGGGAGAGAUCAAGAAAGGAAGGUUCUAGAAGAAGCUGAAUCAAAGAAGGAGAGGAAUGUGGAUUUGCAUCUUGAUUUGGAGAAGUCGGAAAGAGAUGGCGGCGAUGGAGUUACUGCAGCAAGCAAAUCGCAGUCGUUGACUCCGAAGCAGCAGCAGCAGCAGCAGCAGCUCACUGAGAAAUCGGGUCAUUCAACGAGCUCGUUGCCUUUGCCAAUGUCGAUGGGAAAUUGGCCCGGCGGGCUUCCUCCGAUGGGCAGAUAUAUGGCUCCGUUGCAAGGAGUUGUGUCGAUGGAGGGAGGCACAGUUGCACCUGGACAUAUUCAGCCGUUGUUCUCUCAGCCCCGACCAAAACGCUGUGCCACACAUUGCCACAUUGCUAGGAAUAUACAUUACCUGCAGCAGUUCAUAAAGAUGAACCCGUUCUGGCCUGGACCGGCUGGCUCGGCUUCUUUGUUUGGGUCGAAGCCUUGCAACCUAAAUGUCAUACCCGGGCUGGAGUUGCACGGGAAUGUUGCUGUUAGGGGCGCUCAGGAUAAGGGCCAGAGCGUUGCUAGCGUCCCCAAUCAUGUCGGGAAGGAGAAGGGUUCUCAACCGGCCAGCACGUCUGAUUCUGCUCAGAGAAAGCAACAGAUUCUAAUCCAGCAAGCGUUGCCACCCGUUGCUCCUAGUAAUUUGCUGGGGCCUACUUUCAUCUUCCCCUUGAACCAGCAGCAAUCGGCUGCCCCACGGCCUAGUGGUGCGAAAUCUCCGGCUGCUGGGGUUUCGUCCAACACUUCUGGCUCUGUUGUUACGAAUUCCUCUUCAGCAGCUGCAGUGAGCUUCAACUAUCCGAAUAUGCCUUCUAACGAGACAUAUUUGGCGAUCCUACAGAACAACGCGUACCCGUUUCCCAUACCGGCUGCUGCUGUAGGGGGACCCCCGAAUUACAGGGGUACCCCGGCCCAGGCGCUGCCUUUGUUCAACGGUUCAUUCUACUCGUCUCAGAUGAUUCAUCCUUCGCAGCUUCAGCAUGCGCAGCCGCCAUCUAUCCAGUCGCAGUUGCUGCAAGCUCACCAAAACGCAAGCCCGUCUAGCGGUGGUUCCUCGACUUCACAAAAGCAUUUGCAGGCCCAGCACCCGAGAAUGCAAAGUGGUGGCGGCGUCUCUAGCGGUUCUGGAACUGCUAGCUUGCAAAACAUGCCGUCCCAGAAAUCGCAGCCUUCCCAGCAGCAGCAGUUGCAAUCGAGUCACAGUCAGUACGUGCACCAAUCACGGUCAAGACACCUUGAGGGCGAACCGAGCAGGGAAGACAGCCCAUCAACGACUGAUAGCAGGGGGUCUCGAGCCUCUAUGAAUAUCUAUGGCCAGAAUUUCACAAUGCCGAUGCACCCGCAGAAUUUCGGGCUGAUGACUCAUCCAGCCACUUUGGCUGCUGCUGGCGGCGGUGGUGGUGGUGCUGCUGCUAGUGCUACGAGUGCGAGUAGUAAUCAUGCUGACAAGAAGGGGCAGCAGCAGCAGCAGGGAUCGAAGACGGGGCCGGAGUCCUUGCCUGCACAUGGCUUCGCGAUGAGUUUUGGUACUAUCAAUGGAACUAGUGGUGGCCCAGGUAUUGAUAUAGCAUCCAUGGCUCAGAAUCAUGCUCUGUUUCAGAGCUCCUCGGAAGCUACGCGACAGAAUAUCCAGAUGAUGGCUGCUGCUCAGGCUGCACAGAAGAAGAACUUCCGAGUCUCUGAUGAUGGUAAAUCGGGGGAUGUCGACUCCUCUGCCACAGAAGACGAGCGCAAGAUCUUGACCGGAAAGGCUAUGGGUGUUGGUGGUGGGCAGCAAUCCAUUGCUUUCACAAGGCCGGACUUGGGUGAUGGGCAUGUUUCGUCCAUUCAGGCGAACAACGUGAUUGAGAGCUCGACACGGUCUCUAAAUGCUGCAGCUGCCUCUGGUGCACCUCGCAGCUCCCGUUCCAACGCUGCGGGGGCUAUGAAUGUUCAGAGCAUUCAAGCUCAAUUUCAGCAACAGCAAAUGAUGCAGAUUAAGCAGCAACAACAGCAACAGCAGCAACAACAACAACAGCAGCAGCAGCAACAGCAACAACAGCAGCAGCAAGCACAGCAGCAACAACAGCAGCAGCAACUACAGCAGCAAAUACAUCAACACAUGGCAGGAAAUUCGCCUAGUCUGCAGCAGCAGCAGCAACUGCAUCAACACAUGGCAGGAAAUUCAGUUAGUCUGCAGCAGCAGCAGCAGCAACUGCAUCAACAUAUGGCAGGAAAUUCAGGUAGUCUGCAGCAGCACAUGACAGCGAACGCAGUUAGUCGACAGCAGCAUUUCAAUACAUCUUCAGCUAUGGGGGGUUUGAAGUUUCCAAGUGGACUCUCUGGCUUCCCAACAAAUCUUGUCAAGAGCAACAGCAGCAGCCCGUCUCAGUCCCCGCAAUGGAAAGGCUCUGGUAGAACUCCGACUCCCCAAACCUCUUCUGCAACCACGACGGCGCUAAAAAACCUUCCCCAGCAGCAUUCUCGGACUCAAGCCCCGAUGCACGCUCAAAUAUCCUUUGGAGGGAAUCAGAAGCCGUCAACAGCAUCACAAGGGCAAGCACAUCCCAGCAACAACCAGACUUCAUCUUCCCCUAUGAUGGUGGGCUCUCCCACGACCUCUUCCGUCUCCAAAGGAGCCAGUGGAAGCCCGAGAACAACUUCAUCUGCUUCUACAAACAACAAAGCGGGCCAAGCUUCGUCCUUGUCGGCACAGCCAGCCAAGAACCCGCCAUCCGUUUCUAACCAGAAGUCUCCAUCAAUUCUCGGAAACCUUCAUGUUGCUUCUGCCUCGUCUGGCAGCGUACAGAAAACUCAAAUGCAACAGCAGUCUCAGCAACAGAUGCCUAAAACAAUGCAGCAACAACUGUUCUUCUCAAAUCCGUAUGCCCAAUCCCAGUCUCCGCACUCAGCCAGCAAAAACUCGUCCACACCCGGGGCCAGCGGAUAUUAUAUGCAGCGAAGACAGGCAGACCAACACCAGCAGUCACCGGGUGCACCGGUGACAUCAGCUGGGGGUUUAUCUUUAUGCCCCCCUCCUGUCACAUCGGGCGGUGCAAACACGAACGAUCCAGCUACAGCAAUUGCAGCAGCCACUGCUAACGCAAAGGGCGGUGGAUUGCCUUCACAGAGUAUAAUCCAUGGACCACCUUUCGCUGCGCAGGCUGCCGGAACCCUGCUGCCAGCUGGUUUUCCUUAUGCACAUCCCGUUCCAGCUGCUGUUCAGGUGAAGCCUACAGAGCAGAAACAACCUGCUGGAAAUGACAAUUUGAAUCCAUGGCAGCCUGAGAAAAAAUGAAAGAUGAUGGUGAUGCUGUGGGUCUCAGGAGAGAGGGAAAGUUGGGACAAGGCACAUGUUGGAAGAAUGAGGAGGAGGUGUGAAGAAUGAAGAGGAUGGAUGGAGCUCCUACUGCGUGCGCACGCCUAUCAUUCGACAGGUAAACAUGCUAAUGAAACCGCGAAGUGUUUUCAUGCUUUGGAACGUCAUCGGUGGGGUUUGAAAAGGGGGAGAAUUGAUCAAUUUUUUGGUGAUGGACAAGAACAAAGUUUAGAUGUUAGAAGACUGAGGAGCUUCUUGUUUUUGGUUAGAAUAGUGGAGGUUCUUUGAUCAUAUUUGUAUCUUCCUCAACUCCUCUCCUGUUUGGAAAUAUAUUUUCCCAGAAAAUGGAAAGGAAAAAAACAAAAGAAAUAUUAUUCUGAAAACCAAAAAGCAAAAAAAGAAGAAGGAAAGAUUCGAGUUUUGGACAUAUAUGUAUGUAAUGGAGGGCUUGCAUAUGUAUAUGUGGUAGCUGUGUAAGAUUAGCCCCUCACUUCUUUUCUGUUCUUGAAUUAAAAUUUAUUAAUCUCUGUUCUACA